GCACGGUUAUUGUUCUAUAAGAGGUGGAUUACGAACAGAAAGCUGAGCAAUUUGGAAGAAGCUUCAAAUGAGUAGUGUGGUCAAACGCGCUGCAAAUAAUUUUUAAAGAAAGCGCACCACAUCGAAAGCAGGCGAAAGUAGCCGACGACAGGCUAGGUAACGCAGCAUAUACGAAAUCAUUAAGAUGAAAGUUAUUAUCGUCUUUAUGAUGGGAGUUCUUUUGCAAGGCUGUGUUGCGCAGGAGGCGAACAAACAAACUGCAAAAGAAAUUUCAGUAGAACCAAAUCCCAUUUCAUCAGCCGAUCUGCAACUAAAGAGGGAUCUCGUAAUGAUUAUACCAUCUACAAGCGAUCCGUCGACUGGACAACGGACGGAACUGGUCACAAAUACAUUACUAGUGGAAACCCAGAAGGAGCUAGACACAACUACAAGAUCAAUAGAAACCAAGAAGCAACUAGUCACAACUACGUCAGCAAUAGAUACCAAAAUGGACUCGUUCUCAACUACACCACCAAUAGGAACCAAGUGGAAAUUGGGCUCAACUACUACAUCUACAGGUAACAAGUUGGAAUUGAUCACAACCAGUCCUCCACUGGAAACCAAGAGGGAAUUGGUUCCAACCGUAACUUUGAUAGCUACUAGGAGCGAACUAGUUCCAUCUUCACCGUCUCCAGAAACCAAAAGGCAGCUGGCCAGAACUACAACACCAAUAGAUACUAAGUGGGAACUGCUCCCAACUACAACCCCAAUAAAUACCAGGUGGCUACUGUUCCCUACUGCAACUUCAAUAGGUGCUAGGAGUGAACUGGUACCCACUACAACUCCAAUAGGUUCCAAGAGGGAAGUAGUCCAAACUACACCACCAUUGGAAACCAAGAGGCAGCUGGCCACAACAACAACACCACAAGAGUCCAAAUGGCAACUCGUCCCAACUACAACUCCAAUAGACACCCCGUUGGAGUUGGUCAUAACUCGACCGCCGUUAGAAACCAAUAUUGAAUUGGUCCCAACUGCAACACCAAUAGAUACUAAGAGGCAGCAGGUCUCAACUAAUACACCAAUAGAUGCCAGGACACAACUAAUCCCAACUACACCUCUAUUACAAACUAAUGUGGAAUUGGUCAAGACUACAACACCUAUAGGAAUCAUAAGGAAACUGGUCAGAACUACAGAACCCGUUGGAACCAUGGAAGAACUGGCCCCAACAAUAACACCUCUAAGUGCCAUAGAGGAACUGGUCCCAACCAAGGGAGACGUAGUAACAACUACCCCACUAAGCGGAAUCACAAGUUCUUUACCUCCUAUCAUAACCACAAUAUUGACGUCUACAAUGUCUAUUCCCGUUCUCGUUAAUAAGCCUACGAAAUUACGCAAAUACCCGAAGAACAGAUUAAGGUCAAGGCGACGUCGUACAACAACGAAGCCACCCUUCCAUGUUACCAAAACUAGCUGAGCAUUGUCAUUCACGACCAAGAGGUCAAUUUAGUCUGCCGUCGAGUCUAUACUGCGUAUGGCGUUGUCUGGUGGACAUUUCUUUAAUUAUGCGUAUUUAUCAAAUUAAAAUUAAAUUGUUAUUAGCCAACUUUUUUAUAUACUCAAAUAUAUUUUUAACAAAGCUUGAUAGAGAGAAAUUCGAGUUCCUUUUCCGUUCCUUCAGAAUAAAUUUUCAAAAAUUUUGAUGUUUGAUUUCAAAUAAAUAAAAAGGUCUCUUUUCUAAAAGUAAA